CGUUUCUUGUUCGCCACGCCACUCUCUUCUUAAAAUUCCAACCUUUGUCGGCAUCUGGUCAUUCACCUCCACUCACCACCAUAAACCCUAGAACUCUCCCGGAGAUGGCAGGAAUUGGUCCGAUCUCGCGGGACUGGGAGCCGGUGGUCAUACGCAAGAAGGCCCCCACCGGCGGCGCCAAGAAGGAUGACAAGGCCGUCAACGCCGCUCGCCGCUCCGGCGCCGAAAUCGAGACCGUCAAGAAAUCUAAUGCUGGCACAAAUAAAGCUGCUUCUAGUGGUACAUCCUUGAACACAAGAAAGCUUGAUGAAGAAUCAGAGAAUCUUACUCAUGAUCGAGUGCCAACAGAAUUGAAGAAGAACAUUAUGCAAGCCAGAAUGGAUAAAAAAUAUACCCAGGCGCAACUUGCUCAGCUGAUCAAUGAGAAGCCCCAAGUGAUUCAAGAAUACGAGUCUGGUAAAGCUAUUCCUAACCAGCAACUAAUAAAUAAACUGGAGAGGGUUCUAGGAGUGAAACUACGGGGGAGGAAAUAGUAGAAGCAGCCAUCAAAUGGGCCUAAUGUAAUAAGUUACACUGGACUGUAUGUUGGUCUGUCUCACAAUGUGGUUGAUAGCUUGGAUGAGUUCAAUGAAUUUCAACCUUCAGCUUAACAAAUGAAUUCCAGCUACAUUUCUUUCAAAAGCAAUCGUCUGUUGGACUCAAGAAUCCUGUAGUGAUUUUUCUUUUGUGUCUUGCUGUUGGUUUAACCUCUUUUGCUUGUUAAUAAGGAGCACUUUUAUAAAUGCAGAAGACUGUUUUGGGUGCAUAAACUAUGAAUUUUGAAUACAUUGUUGCAUAGUUUCCAGCAACAUUUAUGCUCAA